AUGAGUGAAUUCCACGUACAUCAAUACGUUCAGAGUUCGAAUGGUUUUGGAAUAGCUGGAAGGAAAAAAAAGCAGCCAAAUCAUUUCCUGUUAUUUAGUAAGGAAUUAAGAGAACAUGUUCCAAAAGGAUUAAAAAUACGAGCAUCACAAUUAAACAAGUUUGCUGGUUAUUUGUGGAAAGAAAAAAUGACGGAGGAACAAAGAGACAUCUGGAAAACACGCUCUCAAAGAGAACAACUGACUCCAGAAGAUAAAGAAUUAACAGAUCAUGUUCGAAAAAAUGCUGCGAGAUCUUGUGCUAACCGAUUAAAACUUAAUUGGUCAAUUUAA